AACACCCACCACACUGUGCCCAUUCUCCCACUCCCCUCUGAGGUACCCACCUCUCUGUCCCCUCUCCCAGCUGUCAUACCCACCUCUGUGCAAUGCGUCUGAAUCCACUCCCUUCUGUUCUGCACACUCAGCUGAGCAUGUAGGUCAGAGACCAAUGUAGGGAAAAAAGAAUAUCUGCCACUGAGGGCUCAUCUGUUUAUUUCCUACUGGAGAGCCCAGGGAGGACAUUUUCAAUCCCAGGGCAGUCUUGGCAUCCCAGACAGAGCACAGGAAUAUGCAGCAGGAGCAGCCUGGGUGAAAAAGCAAACCAUGUCCCUAGUAAUAAAUUGAAGCAUAAAAAGUUGGUGGAGACGCUCUUCAGUCACUGCUUUGCUGACAGCCACAGCUGGGGAAGGAGUUCAAUGCCUGAUCUCUUUCCAUACCUUUACCUCUGUGCUGUGCCACUUGGAGUAGGCUUCAUCUCAGGUGCCAGACCUCCCAAGGAUGGUUCUUCUCACCAAAAAAUAUUCUUUGGAGACAGAAAUGGAGAAUGUCGGAGCAACCUCCAUCCUUGCCCAAGCAGAGCCUGGGAAAGAGCCAGAGGAUCGGACCAUCUUUGAGAAGUACGCCCAGCCCUGCCUGGCUGAGCUGAUGGGCAGCACCUUGUUUGUGGCAGCCGCGUGUCUUUCUGUGAUCACCAACCCUGAGGGGGCAGGGCCCAUGGGGCCUGCUCUUGCUCAUGGAUUUUCGCUGGGGAUCAUGGUAGCAGUUUUGGGGAAAAUAAGUGGUGGCCAUUUCAACCCAGCUGUUACCCUGGCCGCUCUGGCUGCAGGAGGCCUUUCCCCACUUCUCCUUCUCCCAUACUGGCUGUGUCAGCUAUCAGGAGGAAUGCUAGGAGCUCUUUUGGCCAAGAGCAUGGUGCCAGAAGCAAUUUUCUUCAACCGGACUGGAGGGGGCUGCAUGGUGCAAGAAGGCAGCACAGUGGGGAUGGCUGUCUGUGCAGAGCUGACAUUCUCGUUUCUCCUCCUCCUUGCUGUCCUGAUGGGAAGCCUGGCUGAGCACAGCAAGACUCCACUGGCUCCAUUCUGCAUUGGCUUUGCCCUUGCCACGGGUAUCCUAGUCAGUGGCUCCAUCUCUGGAUCUUGCCUUAAUCCAGCUCGGGCCUUUGGUCCUGCUUUAAUAUCUACUCACUGGGACAACCACUGGGUAUACUGGAUUGGACCACUCACAGGUGCUGUCCUGGCCUCUGUGCUGUACAGGAUGGUAUUGGCAGGAAGAUCUCGCAGACUGUUCCUGAAAUGAGGCAAGAGAUUAGCUGGGUAUAUGCUCCGGGUUCUCUGUGAAGCUGUGGGGAAAAAACAACCCUCUCCGAUGGCCAUCACAGGAAAAUCUGCACUAAGAAGACCAUUACCAAAUCACUUCACAAAGUUUCAGUGGUACAAUAUAUACAGAGAAUUCAGCAUUUCUGAUAUGAUUUGGGCCACAUACUAUACCUUGUGAUUUCUAAAUUGAACCCAUAAACAACAGCUUGGACUAUUCAUUAGUCAGAUAUUCAAAGGCCUGAAUGGCAUAGAGGUGCCUAACUCCCAGUGAAAAUCCAUGGGAAUUGAGAUGCCUAACAGCCAUUUCUGCUUUUGAAAAUCUUCUUUUGAGUGCCUGAAAUUAGGCAUUUGUUUAAUUUCUUUUCUGGAUGCUGUAAUAGAAUGAAUUCUCUUUUCCCUAAAAGUAAAUUGGGUUUUGUUUUGGACUGGCAUAAAUCUAAUGAUACUAAUAGAGCCUCUCUUCAUCUGUUUAUACCAGAGUAUAAAGGCACAUUUCUGGCCCCAAGUUAUCUGGUGAUUUUU